GUCAACAUGGCGAAUUUCAGAUGGAAAAAGAGUGCGGAAGCGCUGGAAAAAGAGAUCGAACAGGACAAAAAGCUGAUCGAUUCGGUUAAAGCCGGCGAUGAAAAAUCUGUAACGGAUCUGCUGAAUGAGGGUGCAUCGCCGGAUGCCACGGAAUACAACAGGAGCUUGUUCUAUGCAUCAAAGAAUUAUCUAACCCCUCUUCAGUUGUCUGUGAAGUUGAACUUCCCUAAAGUUGUGGCAACUUUAAUUGAUCACUCUGCGGAUGUCAAUGCCAAAGAUCGCUUUGAUGUGACAGCUGUGCACAUGGCUGCUGAGAAGGGUCACCUGGAAUGUCUUCAACAUUUACUGGAGGGUGGAGCAGAUUGCAAUGUCAGCACAAAAUACUCGAAAUAUGGAUCCUACACUGCCACACCUCAUCCUGGUGGGACGACGGCUCUCCACCUCGCCGCCACUAACAACCACGUCAAGUGUACAGUGGAACUCAUCUGGUACGGUGCAGACUACAAUGCUGUGGACGAGUACGGCCGCACCAGUUUGUACAUCGCUGCACAGAACGGCUUCACAGAGUGUGUGCAUCAACAUCUGAACAAUGCAAUACGCAUGGACAUCCUGUCUAUACCAGUCAAAGACACAAAUGAAACACCCCUCCAUGAGUGUGUCCGCCAUGGUUUGUCUUCGUGCGUUGCCUCCCUCCUGGAACAUGGCUCAGACGUCAACCAUCGCAACGACGCUGGAAUGAGUGCCCUCCACCUUGCAGUUGUCUCAGGGGAAAAAUACUCCAAAAGAAUUCUCCGAGAUCUGACGACAAAGGGAUAUAACACAGACGUGAAUCUGGCAGACAAGCAAGGAAGCAGUCCCCUCCAUUAUGUGUGCUUCAACGAUCACUCCAAUCAGGAACGGCGACCAGAUGCUGCGGCAUUCCUCAUCGCCUACGGUGCAGACUUCCACAUCAAGAACAAAGCUGGUGACAGCCUCCUACAGCAAGAACUUCGAAACCAGAAGGCAGAGCGAGCGAUUCUGGAUUCCAUAGUAAACUGUUCCUUGAAACUGCCAAGUCUUGAACUCCUGUGUCCGACAAUGUGUGCCAGCAACCCAUCCCAGCAGGGGUAUAACAGGAAUGAAAAUGCAUCCCCAUCAGGAGUGUCGAAAUACGAAUGGUACCGUUCAUUUUGUCGUGAUCCGAGAACACUUCAACACUGUUGUCGGUAUGUAAUACGACAAACACUUGGAGGUCAGAGGUUACGGAAAGUCCCAACACUGCCUUUACCGACCACGCUGAAAGAGUACCUCUUGCUAGACGUCGAGACCUUCUCAUGAAGGUGUGUGAAUCGCCAGAAGGCUAAUGGAGAAAAUGUUGGCACGACUUUGAACUCAAGAAUAAUUUCCAAUUUGGUGACUGAAAAACAGUUUAGUUCAGCCUUUGCAACGAUCAGAUAUGAACUUAGACCAAUUAUGAUUGAGGAUGGACCAUGGUGCAUUGCAAUGAUGACCAUGGUGCAUUGCAAACUGCAGUCUUCAAAUAUAAUCAGGUCAUUGCCAAGGUUACCGAUUACUGCAGAUUAUGAAAUUAAGGUAUUCCCAAAUUAAUGUGGCGUUCGGUGAUUGGCCUGAUGAUUGACGAUGAAGUGCGGGUAGCUCUACCCCAUGACAUACCAAACUCGAAACACUGAAUUGUUUGUCAGGUAUAAGCAGCUGAGUGAAUAUUCAUGUUUAAAAUGAGGGUGAUGCGAGUUUUGCUUGUAAUUAUCACAGAGUAUUUGACAGGAUACCAAGAAAAAAGACGCUGUCAUAAAGGCUUGAUCAACUUGUGUAAACAAAGACCAGUAGCACUGUACCAAGGAAAAAGGUGCAAUGGUAAUAUUUUUUUCCAGUGUGUUCAGUGAGCCUGACAGUACAGGGCCUCCUUUCACAAAGCACUAAGGUGAUCGUAAGUCUCUAAGGUAACCUUAGUGCUAUGUU